AUGUGGGUGUGUGGGGUGCUACGCAGACUUCACCUCACACAUAUCCCCUCUCACGCUACUGAACCCCGGGCCUCUCAUUUUCCCCAGAACCCCGGGCCUCUCAUUUCCCCCAGAACCCCGGGCCUCUCAUUUCCCCCAGAACCCCGGGCCUCUCAUUUCCCCCAGAACCCCGGGCCUCUCAUUUCCCCCAGAACCCCGGGCCUCUCAUUUCCCCCAGAACCCCGGGCCUCUCAUUUCCCCCAGAACCCAAGGCCUCUCAUUUCCCCCAGAACCCCAGGCCUCUCAUUACCCAAGAACCCCAGGCCUCUCAUUUCCCCCAGAACCCCAGGCCUCUCAUUUCCCCCAGAACCCCAGGCCUCUCAUUACCCAAGAACCACAGGCCUCUCAUUUUCCCCAGAACCACAGGCCUCUCAUUUUCCCCAGAACCACAGGCCUGUCAUUUCACCAGAACCCCAGGCCUCUCAUUUCCCCAGAACCCCAGACCUCUCAUUGCCCCAGAACCCCGGGCCUCUCAUUUCCCCCAGAACCCCGGGCCUCUCAUUUCCCCAGAACCCCGGGCCUCUCAUUUUCCCCAGAACCCCGGGCCUCUCAUUUCCCCCAGAACCCCGGGCCUCUCAUUUCCCCCAGAACCCCGGGCCUCUCAUUUCCCCCAGAACCCCGGGCCUCUCAUUUCCCCCAGAACCCCGGGCCUCUCAUUUCCCCCAGAACCCCGGGCCUCUCAUUUCCCCCAGAACCCCGGGCCUCUCAUUUCCCCCAGAACCCCGGGCCUCUCAUUUCCCCCAGAACCCAAGGCCUCUCAUUUCCCCCAGAACCCCAGGCCUCUCAUUACCCAAGAACCCCAGGCCUCUCAUUUCCCCCAGAACCCCAGGCCUCUCAUUUCCCCCAGAACCCCAGGCCUCUCAUUACCCAAGAACCACAGGCCUCUCAUUUUCCCCAGAACCACAGGCCUCUCAUUUUCCCCAGAACCACAGGCCUGUCAUUUCACCAGAACCCCAGGCCUCUCAUUUCCCCAGAACCCCAGACCUCUCAUUGCCCCAGAACCCCAGGCCUCUCAUUUCCCCAGAACCCCAGGCCUCUCAUUUCCCCAGAACCCCAGGCCUCUCAUUUCCCCAGAACCACAGGCCUCUCAUUUUCCCCAGAACUCCAGGCCUCUCAUUUUCCCCAGAACCCCAGGCCUUUCAUUACCCCAGAACCACAGGCCUCUCAUUUUCCCCAGAACCGCAGGCCUCUCAUUUCCCCAGAACCACAGGCCUCUCAUUUUCCCCAGAACCACAGGCCUCUCAUUUCACCAGAACCACAGGCCUCUCAUUUCCCCCAGAACUCCAGGCCUCUCAUUUUCCCCAGAACCCCAGGCCUUUCAUUACCCCAGAACCACAGGCCUCUCAUUUUCCCCAGAACCGCAGGCCUCUCAUUUUCCCCAGAACCCCAGGCCUCUCAUUUUCCCCAGAACCCCAGGCCUCUCAUUACCCCAGAACUCCAGGCCUCUCAUUUUCCCCAGAACCGCAGGCGUAUCCCAUUUAG